CGGUGCAGCUUAAUGGGAAAAGUGUAGCCAUGUUCAGCUUCGAGGCAGAUUUGAAGCGAACGCCCAAAGUGUCCCUUGGAGGGGCAAGUAAAAAGGAGCAGAAAGUGUCACUUCUUCACCGGACGCAGGAGGAAAGACGCAAGCGAGAGGAUGGAAGGAAAAGGCUGAAAAACGCAAUAAUCAUCCAGUCUUACAUUCGAGGCCUCCAAGAGAGAAAACGUCAAUAUGGCAUUCAGCGGAGCCAUUUCGACCGCUGUGUGUGUGAGAGUCAGUGUUCUUCUGGUUCCACACUCCCAGACUCUAGUCUGCUCACCCUGCUCAUCCGCCGCUUGCUCUUCUUCUACCACAACAGCAAAGACACACCACGGCUGAUCUGGCUGUGUCAGAAUGUAGUGAAGCAUCAUGCUCAGUUUGUGAAGCUGCUGGCUGGACCUGAGAGAAACACCUGCCUAUUCCAGAUCAAGAAGCUUCUUGGACACUGCUGCAGACUCCUGCAGCUGUGUGAGGAUGAAGGUGUGAAUAUGGCUGUCCCCAUGCGCAUGCUGGAGGUGUUUACCUCAGAGAGGACCUACUUGUCCCCUCUGCAGGACGACAGCGCAGCUGCUGCGCUCAUAGAGCAGGUUUUGCACUAUAUGGUUCUGAAAGGAUACUACAGGAUGCUGUACCUGUUGGCCAAUCACAAGUUACCAUCCAGUCUGGAUUACAGCGAUGCCCCCUCGCUUCCUCUGGCACACACACUGCUGGAACACACACUCAAACCACUGCACUUUAUGUACAGCUCCUGUCCCAAGGGUGCCAGGCAGUUAGUGUUCUUAGCCUUUACAGAAGACUUCAUCUCUCUUCCAUUCACUGAGCAGAUGUUUCACUUCUUUGUCCCAGCACUGGCGGACAGAAGACUUAGCUUCCCAUUUCAUCAUUUCCUGUUCUCCCUGCAGGCCAACAUCUCCUUGUCAGACAAGGCCCAGUGUCAUGCCCCAUGGCUCUUAUACUUUGUUCUGUCGCUCGGAGAAACGGGCCUUGGCUCUCUAUCAGAAGAAGGGCUGCUGUUGUAUCUGAGCUCUCUCCAUGCUCUGCUCCCUCUGCUUCCUGUGAGUGAGAGUCACGCCAAAUUCAAUGUCACACAUGACUCUGAGGAUGAAGAUAAAAACUCUACACAACCUCCUCCUGUACAGGAUGACAACAGUAUGUCAGUGCAGUUUAUCACACAGCUGUGUGUGCAAAAGUUGGACUCAGAGCUGCAGACGAAUGUUCUUCUGUCUCUGGUGUUGAGAGACUCAGCCAGCGAGGACGUCUUCAUCAUGAUGGCAUCUAUCUGCCACGCCCUCAUGGCGCAGCACUGCAAGAUGGUGUCCAAAGUCAGGCUACUGUACAGUUUGGCCUUCAAUGCUCGCUUCCUCAGACACCUGUGGCACUUGAUAACGUCCAUUAGGACCAAAAUGAUCACAGGGUCUCCAGUGCCGUUACUGCAGCUGAUGUCUCGUGGCUCUCCCAUGUCUGCUGAUGACUCAAACAGGAUCAUUUCUCUCUUCUACCUGUUCAGCUCCCUGUUCAGCCACUUGCUUAUCUCCAUCCACGACAAUGAUUUCUUUGUGGAAUUCAUGGAUGGUCAGAGACAGGCAUCCAUAAUGCCAUUCUCUCUCCCUGAGUUGGUGACUCUGUCCCGCUGUUUGCGUGACGCGUGUCUUGGGAUCAUCAAGCUGGCUCAUCCUGAGACUAGAAGCGGCUACAGCGAGGAAUAUGCAGCCAUGUUCCGCAGCGUUGGAGUCAAAACAAGCAGCCAAGUACAGCAGAGUGUCCAAAAUCAGCAGAAACCCUGGGUCCAGCUGUUCAAGGUGAGCGCCAACCUACUGAAGAUGUUGAAGGCGAGGGACAUCAGCAGGCCAUUCUGCCCCAAGGGUCACUGGCUGUCCGAUGAGGUCAAGAUCAAUGCUGAUAAGUUCAUGCUGUACGUUCUUUCUGCUCGAAACAUGUGGAGGACAAGUCGUAUGGACCCCUUGGCUCUAAAAGUGUGGAAAGGUCUGAGAGGCAUUACCAACUACACGACACCAUCCCCUGCACUGUGCAGGUUUGAAAAAGCCCAAUUCAUACCUCCUGUAACCUCUGACUCCGCCACACCUAAAAUUCAGUUCAGUGAGGAUGAUUUGUGCCAGAUCUUCAAGAAGCUGAGCAAUGAAGAUGAUAUGGACGUUCUUAAGUUUCACAAUGGUUUCAGUAACUUCUGGAAGUUGAGUAACUACAUCUACAGGGAUGCAUAUAAAAAAACGGAGAAUGGUAUGAUCACUGCUACAGGCAGGGGACACUGUUUCAGGCGGGGGGCACUGAUUCAGGCGGGCCAGCCGCUAUCCAGCGUUCCGGUUGGCUGCUAUCCAAACCCACCCGGAAGACCGAGACAACAAACAGGCGAGUUUCUAAAACUUAACCCCAGAAAAGGAAACCUAUACAUAGAGGAAAGACACCUGGCCAUCCUCAAUGAGCUGUUCUUUGUCGUACCCUUCGAGGAGAGAGUGAAGAUGUUUCAGAGGCUGAUCUAUACUGAUAAACGGGAUGUACAAUGGCGCAACUCUUUCAUCAACAUCACCAUCCGGAUGAACUACAUCUACGAGGACGCAUAUGACAAACUGUCUCCAGAGAACGAGCCUAAUCUAAAGAAGCGUAUCCGGGUGAAGCUGCUUAACGAUCAUGGCCAGGAGGAAGUCAAAGUUGUCAGAGGGGCGAUAUGCUGCGAGUUUUUCAGCGAGCUGCUCAAGUCAGGUUUCAAUCCCAACCAGGGCUUUUUCAGGACCACCGAUGAGGGUCUGCUGUACCCGAGCCCAGCGGCUGAGAUGCUCAUCGGAAAGAGCUUCACGCGCCACUACUACUUCCUGGGCCGGAUACUGGGCAAGGCUCUGUAUGAGAACAUGUUAGUGGAAUUGCCGUUUGCCAGUUUCUUCCUGGCCAAGCUGCUCGGGACCAGCACUGAUGUGGACAUUCGUCACCUUGCCUCACUCGAUCCCGAAAUGUUCCGGAACCUACUGUUCCUCAAGAGCUAUGAAGGAGACGUGGAGGAUCUGGGGCUCAACUUCACCAUUGUCAACAAUGACCUAGGAGAGGCUCAGGUGGUUGAGCUGAAGCCAGGUGGGAAUGACAUCCCGGUUACCACGGUGAACCGCAUCGCCUACAUCCAUUUAGUGGCCGAUUACCGGCUGAACAAACAGAUCCGAGCUCAGUGCCUGGCAUUCAGACAGGGCCUGGCCGAAGUGCUCAAUCUCGAUUGGCUGCGCAUGUUUGACCAACAGGAGAUCCAGGUACUGCUCAACCGGGGGUUUCAGGUGCCUCCGGACCAGGACCAGUGGACUAAAGAACAGCUUUUUUCCUAG